AAAAUAGCCAAUAUUCCAAUUUUAAAAAAACCCACCAAAGAAAAUUCUAUGGCAUCAAUUUAAAAAAAUAUGACCAGUAUUCAAACUGAUUCAGUGUUGCGUACAAAAGAAGACAUUCCAAAUACAAGAGAAAAAUUUUCAAAUAUUGAUAAGUCUCAAACCACUUCAAAAGAUGAAGUCUACAAAAAGCAAGUACUAAGAAUGCUAUCGAUUCUUAAUUACAAGAUAGAUCAAGUAGCGGAAGAUUUAAAUAAUCUUAAGAAAACUAAUAUUGUAGAAAAAGAAGUUUCUAUUCAAGAAUCUUUAUUUGAAAAAUUGGUAAAACUGCAGAAAAGGGGAGCAGUUUCCGAUGACUUUGAGCUUAGGAUAUAUUAUCAAUGUCGUGGCCCCGAGAUCUGUGAUGACAAUCCACACAAAUACAACGGCAUCAGAUGUUGAAAGUGCUAUUAAAAUGUGGUUGGUUAAGGCCAAGGAAAGAAUGCAAAAACAACAAAAAUACUAUAUUAAUGUUUUUUGGUUAAAUCUAUUCUAACAAGUUUCUAUUUUAUCUUAUUGAACUAUACAUAUUGUAUUGUAUUGAAUUUUUGGUUUUGUUCUUAUUUUAUGUUCAAAUUUUAUGAUAUAAUUAAAGUUCGACUUAAUCAUUCUCAGAACGAUUAAUGACGUCACAUUUACUAAGAAGGUUUCUUUUAUGUAACACAGUUCUAGAAACAUAUAUAUAUUCAAAACACAUGCUUUAUGUAAAACCAACUUUCUUCUUUUAAGAUAUGACGUCAUUACCCAGACGGCACAUGAUAUAAUUUGAUUGUAGAAUGAUAUCGU